AUGCCUAAGAAGAGAAAGAAUAAGUUCGUUCACGGCCGCAACAAGAAGGGCCGCGGCCACGUCAAGCCCAUCCGCUGCUCCAACUGCUCGCGAUGCACGCCCAAGGACAAGGCCAUCAAGCGAUUCACCAUUCGCAACAUGGUCGAGUCUGCAGCUAUUCGUGAUAUCUCGGACGCCUCAGUCUUCGCUGAGUACACCGUCCCCAAGAUGUACCUCAAGCUGCAGUACUGCGUCUCUUGCGCCAUCCACGGCAAGAUCGUACGUGUCCGAUCCCGUGAGGGUCGCCGCAACCGUGCCCCGCCCCCGCGUGUUCGCUACAACAAGGACGGCAAGAAGGUGACGCCCACCCAGGGUGCCAAGGCUGCUUAG